UCGGAAUCGAACCCACAACUUCUUGGUGUACAGGACAACAUUCCAAACAACUGAGCCACCCAGCCAGGGCUGGUCAUACUACUUAUCUGAUCUAAUUUAAGCUGUCAUUCUUGUCCUUAGGUUAAUGAUACCUGGUGUCUUUAUGGACCAUGUACCUGUUGUUGCCUUGAUUUUAGUCAGUCUUAUCACUUUGGCAUUAAGGGCAGCUUCCUGUGCUUCCCUGACUUUUUUAACCUGUUUUUUUUUUAAUUUUUAUUAAUUAGUGAAUACAGAGUUGACUGGAAAGAUUUUGAUACUUUUUUCAGUAUUUUGUUUACAGGGAAAAUAUUUUUUAAAGAUAACCCUAUGAACAGAGACUCCUGAAGGUUUUGUUGACUUCAUAGCAUUUUCAGUCUAGCUAGUGUGUUAUCAUGGGUUAAGAAAGAUGAAUUCAUUAGCAGUAUCACUUUACCAAAAUAACCUGAUUGAGAUGUUUUACUUCUUGUAUAGUGUUCACAUAAUAAAAGAGCAGAUUUGCUUGGUUGUGGGGUUUUUUUAUUGUCAAGGCAAAUAUAUUACUAUUUAAGUGCUAGUGGAUAUUUGAAUGAGCAGAUCUUUAUAUUGAAAUUAUUUCAAGAUAAAGUUUGAGGUUUCAGAAACCUAAAUAAUGCCUUUAAACCCAACUUGGCCCUCUUUUCACAGAUCAGAAAACAACUGUCUUUAUUUCUGUAUUUUAUAGUUGGAAGUGAAUUGCUGUAUGAGUAAUUUAAGUAUUUUUUAUAACAACUGAUAAUUUUUAAAUAUUCAUGGAUAUUUCUAAUUUACUCUUGAUAAUAAGUUUUAGUGCAUAAUAAUACUAUCUUGAAUUCUUUCAGCUGCUUUCCUUGCAGCUGACUGACAAUUCAGAAGUCUGGUAUUGCUCUUGGUGUUCCCAAAAAAGAUUUGCCCUGUAAAUGUGGAAGCAUUCUCUAUGUUUGGAUGUUUUGGAUUUGUCCCAGUUGUUUUAGCUUGGGACUAUUACCUUACAAACUGAAUGCUCUUAAAUUCUUAGACAGGGUUAGAACUUAAAGUAGACUAGUCUGCCAACUUUAUGUUAAUGUUCAUUAGCACAGAGAUCUAAACACUUAACUAAUCAUUUUCUUAUAUCAUAGAGGGAUUAUAAAGUGUCAUUGAGUGCCAGGUCAAUUUUGGCUGGGGCAGAGUGUGUUAAUGUUCAGGUAAAAUUUAGUGACCUGGGUUUUAUCUUUGAAUAUUUAAUUAUGUUCUUCUGUGCUAGUUUUAUUUACAUUGAAAAUAUGGCAAAUGAGGUCUUAAAAGCAUACAUUUGUUUUCAUAGGUGAUGGUCUAAAUUUGCUUCUCUGGGUCUGGGGACAUUUAGUAUGUUACAUUCUUCAGUAGGGUUUUUUUUGCCCCUUAUAUUACUUCUUUAAUGAAGAUGGAGUUAAGGUUACAAGUAAUUUUCCUGACCCUUUUGAGAACAGUAACAACAAAAGUCUUCCCUCUUUAGUUAACUGAUCUUUGAGUAAAAUUUGACUUAACUGUUCCUUAGUCUUAUUCUAUCCUUCCUAAGUUCCUGAUGGUAGCAGGAUGGGGUGGCGCUUGGUUCCUUAUGCGCUUUCUUGCCCUUGUCGCCUUUGUUCAUGUGGAAGGUGCAGCAGCUGCUGUGGCUUGUGCAUUUGUUAGUCGCUGCUUUACAUAGUCUAUAUUUUGAUAGAGAUUUUAUUUUUUUGAAUGAUAACUGGCCAAGUCAUCUGUCACUUAACUCUAAGUAUUAUAGAUAAACUUUUGUUUCCUUUGCAUGUAUAUUAAAUUUAUGUGUUUUAGUUUAGUUUUGUUUCUGUUAAUCUUCACACCAGGUUUUUUCUGUGCUUUAGGUUGACUUUGCACCACACUGAAACCAUUAGGAAAAAUCCUUGUGGUUAACAGCAGAGGCUUCAGAGUGUAACCUGUACUCGGGCCUAGAAAUUAUUUUAAAUGGCGACUGAUAUGUCUCAAGGUGAACUCGUCCAUCCUAAGGCACUCCCACUUAUAGUAGGAGCUCAGCUGAUCCACGCGGACAAGUUAGGUGAGAAGGUAGAAGAUAGCGCCAUGCCGAUUCGCCGAACUGUGAAUUCUACCCGGGAAACUCCUCCCAAAAGCAAGCCUGCUGAAGGGGAGGAAGCAAAGCCAGAACCGGACAUAAGUUCAGAGGAAUCUGUCUCCACUGUAGAAGAACAGGAGAAUGAAACUCCACCUGCGACAUCUAGUGAGACAGAGCAGCCAAAGGGGGAACCUGAGAAUGAAGAGAAGGAGGAAAACAAGUCCUCCGAGGAAACCAAAAAGGAUGAGAAAGAUCAGUCUAAAGAAAAGGAGAAGAAAGUGAAAAAAACAAUACCUUCCUGGGCUACCCUUUCUGCCAGCCAGCUAGCAAGGGCCCAGAAACAAACACCGAUGGCUUCCUCCCCACGUCCCAAGAUGGAUGCAAUCCUGACUGAGGCCAUUAAGGCAUGCUUCCAGAAGAGUGGUGCAUCAGUUGUUGCUAUUCGAAAAUAUAUCAUCCAUAAGUACCCUUCUCUGGAGUUGGAGAGAAGGGGCUACCUCCUUAAACAAGCACUGAAAAGAGAAUUAAAUAGAGGUGUCAUCAAACAGGUAAAAGGGAAAGGUGCUUCCGGAAGUUUUGUUGUGGUCCAGAAAUCAAGAAAAAGCCCUCAGAAAUCCCGAAACAGAAAGAACAGGAGCUCUGCAGUGGAUCCAGAACCACAAGUAAAAUUGGAGGAUAUCCUCCCACUGGCCUUUACUCGCCUUUGUGAACCUAAAGAAGCUUCCUACAGUCUCAUCAGAAAAUAUGUGUCUCAGUAUUACCCUAAACUUCGAGUGGACAUCAGGCCACAGCUGUUGAAGAAUGCUCUGCAAAGAGCAGUAGAGAGAGGCCAGUUAGAACAAAUAACUGGUAAAGGUGCUUCUGGAACAUUCCAGCUGAAGAAAUCAGGGGAGAAGCCCCUGCUUGGUGGAAGCCUGAUGGAAUAUGCAAUCUUGUCUGCCAUUGCUGCCAUGAAUGAGCCGAAGACCUGCUCCACCACUGCUCUGAAGAAGUAUGUCCUGGAGAACCACCCAGGGACCAAUUCUAACUAUCAAAUGCAUUUGCUGAAGAAAACCCUGCAGAAAUGCGAAAAGAACGGGUGGAUGGAACAGAUCUCUGGUAAAGGAUUCAGUGGCACCUUCCAGCUCUGUUUUCCCUAUUAUCCCAGCCCGGGAGUUCUAUUUCCAAAGAAAGAGCCAGAUGAUUCUCAAGAUGAAGAUGAAGAUGAAGAUGAAGAUGAAGAUGACUCAUCAGAAGAAGACUCUGAGGAUGAAGAGCCUCCACCUAAGAGGUUGCAGAAGAAAACCCCAGCCAAGUCAUCAGGAAAGGCUGCACCCAUGAAGCAGAGAGGAUCCAAGCCUGUGCCUAAAGUCCCAGCUGCUCAGCGAGGGAAAGCAAGGCCCCUGCCCAAGAAAGCUGCUCCCAAGGCCAAAACUCCUGCCAAGAAAGCCAGACCCUCACCCUCAGUCAUCAAGAAACCCAGUGGUGGCUCUUCAAAGAAGCCUGCGGCCAGUGUGAGAAAGGAAGUGAAAUUGCCUGGCAAGGGCAAAUCCACCAUGAAGAAAUCUUUCAAAGCAAAAAAGUAAAUUUUAUAGGAAAAAAGGGUAUUGUGAUGAAAUUUAAAAUCUUAUUUUCUAAGGUCAGUGUGCAUUUGUUUUAGUUUUGAUGCUAUUAAAAUUAAUUUGUUUUUUCUGAACUUGUGAGGAGGGACUAUAAACAAACCAGCUUGGGUAUUUGUUAGCUUUAGGCGCUGUCCUUGGUGCCUGUCCCUUCCCUCAGUCACUUUAAUUUCGGGGGUAAUUCUGAACUUUCCUAAACUGUAUAAUCUAUACUUGUCCUUUUUUCUCCCUUCACCCAGCCCUCGUAUUUUCUUUCUUUUAUUGUCAGCUUGGCUUUUCUUAUCCCUUCCAGUUUAUCUAAACAGUUGCAAAGAUUUUUAUAUUUGUAGAAGGCAUCAAGAACAGAACGCUGGUCAGGUGCUGAAGUAAAAACGAGGCAGAACAGCACUGACUGAACUGUAAAGCCUCCUACCUGGAGACUCCAGUUACAGCUAUAAUAAUUAAUCUUAUUUAUAAAACCACUCCACUAGCCCUUUCUCUCUAACUGUAAACACAGAGACGUCUUAGCUUUGGGAAUAAGCCAAACACAUUAUGAUCUCGUUAGAUUCUGAAGACACAUGGCUCCUUGGGCCACUUUUCACAUUCAUUUCCAAGUGUCUUUCACUGGCCCCGGGCAUUGCAUUCCCUUAACAGCAAGCACAAGUUCUCUCCACCGCUUGGUUUUUGACUGAAGGGGAAAUAUAAGAAUACGUUAAAUUUGUGGUUUCUGGCGUCACCUGUGUUAGCAAAAAUCAAAACAUAAAAUCUUGAUCAAAUGUUUGAAUAUAUUUUUUAAUAUUUGGAGCAUGAAUUCUCACUUCUUGUUUGCCUCUUUUAUAAGGAAAUGUUGGAGAGUUACAUUGUUGCUAAUGUAGAAAUGUUAAGUGGAAAAAAACAAUUUGCAAAAAUAAACUAGAUUCCAGGUUGAUCUGUGGGUUCUUUUCCCCUCCUUUUUUUCCACAGCACUUUCAAUAUCAAGCAAGUGGCUUCCGUUUUGAGAUGGUUUUUUAAAAAAAAUUAAAUGAAGCCCAACUACGUAACCUCUUACUUGUAUUUGUUUAGUAUUGUGAAGUUGUGUUAAAUAGUACUGGCUUUCUACUUGAGAAACAUGGGUUUCGGUUAUCAUUUACCCUCCCUGUGGCACUUGACAUUUUAAUUGUCUUAAACUCUUCGGUGUACGUCUUCUGGCCCCUAAGUGCUGCCAGAAGCAAAGGUGUGUGUUUUAUCCAUUCCACUGGCAUUGUCUCCUGGGAUCCCGUCUGCAGCCUGAAGCGUGGCUGGGAAACGGACUUGAGAAGGUUGGCUUGAAUUGGAUUCAUAAUUAUGUGUGAUCCCAUCAUGAGUUCAUUGGAAUUUGUGUUGCAUGUAAGGCAAUCUUUCCUGUUGUAAAUCUUCCUUUUUUUAUGUACAUAUAUUUUGAAAAAUAUGAAUAAACAUGAAAUUUUAAAAGGUG